CAUCGACACUUGUUUACACUUUUCCUGAGACGCGGAGAGCUUGAAUCAACUUGACAUCAUACUGCAUACAACGAAAAUAGCUAAAAUGCUUAAAUGAAAUACACAAAAUACCAAAAUACAAAUGAGAACUUUCAGGUACUUUAAGUUACGAAGAAAUGUCCAGUGAAGAUGACCUACAACUCCUUGACCAGCAGUUGGAUUCUCGCCUUCAGCGUCUCCAAGACUUAUGGAUAUCAUCCAAUAAUGAACUUGUUACAACGCAGCAGAGAGCUUCCCAAGCAUCACACAGAGAACCAGAAGACUGCCUGAGCAGGACCAGUGACACUAUUACUUGUCAAAAUUUCCACCAAAAAUAUACUGUAGGAGAGACAUUGAAUCAAAAGGAUGCUGUCAGCAGUGCAACUGCUCCUUUUAUACAUGGAGAUCAAAAGACUGGCACUGAAAAUGCAGAGCAUCUCUAUGGAGAUACAAAAGUAACUCGAGAGGAGUACCAGCCAUCAGUUUAUAUAGAGAAUGAUAAAACUUGUAGCACAGAACAACAGAACAUAACUGAAAUAAAAAAGAGACAGUUCUCCACAUCUGUUGCAGAAAACUCUAAUGAGCAAGUUAGUGAAGAAAAACAGGAACCCACAGAUGAUCCCCUUGAAGAAGGGGAAGAAAAUGCCAUAUUUGAUGAGUUUCUGGACCAGUCAACAAGGUACAGGAUAAGUUCAUUGUGUAAGAAAGUGACCCAUCUCAAUGGAACCAUCAGUGUGCUACAGGAAGAGUGUAAAAGACUGUCAAGUGCCAAGAAGGAAGCCUGCACCAAAGCUCACACUGCUGAGACAGAGAGGAGGACCUUGAACAAACAGGUGCUUCUUCUACAGCAGCAGACCACCAAACUCCAAAAGUCCAAUAAACAGCUUCAAGGUCGUGUUCAGGAGCUGAAUACUGAGUGCCAAGGAUUGCGGAAGGAACUUUCAAGUCAUCAUCAUAGUGAGAGUGAGCAUCGCAGCAGUCAGUCAUCUUUCCAAGCCCAACUUACUCGAGCUCAUUCAGAAAAUGCUUCCUUGCGUGAACAGAUAACUACACUGAAAAACAGGCACAAGGAAGAACUAGAUCAGCUCAGAACAGCCUUAGGAAGUAGCAAUAGCAAGGUAAAAGAAUUGGAGAGACAGCAGAGGAACAUGAGUGCUUUGGUUAAGAAGCAGGACAAGCUCAUUGGAGUUAUUAAUGAGCAGAAAAACAAUUUAGCAGCAGCCAAAGCAGCAGCAGGGCUAGAGGAGAAAUUUUUAAACAUCAUCACACCACUACAGCCUCCAUAGAUUUUACUUUGUAAUAUAUUUAUAAGAAAGAAGAGGGACAUAAUCAGUU